CAAACAUGCUGUGGUUGCUCUUCUUGUUUGCUCUGGCUCUGGGUGCUGUGUCUCCAUCAGAUGGCCAAGAGAGUAAUAGUUGUGGUGCUUACUGGACCAAUUUCAACGGCCGCUGCUACAAAUACGUCGCCACACAUAUGACCUGGGCUGAUGCAGAGAUCCACUGUGUGUCGCAGGGAUCCAACCUGGUGUCUAUUGGCAGUAUGGAGGAGCAGAACUUUGUCAAAACCCUGAUCAAGAACUUCGACCCUGCUGAAGGAAGAGCCUGGAUUGGACUCAGUGACACCCAAAGAGAAGGCCACUGGAUGUGGUCUGAUGGCUGCCCGGCCAGAUUUUUCUUUUGGACAGCAGGAGAGCCAAACGACAGCGGAAAUGAAGAUUGUGUCCACACUAAUUUUGCUAUUCAGCGUAAAUGGAACGAUGUCCCAUGUUCCAAACAGUAUGCCUUCGUUUGUGCUUCUCGCGUAAACUGUUUUAACCAACUGAUAUAGUUCAUCCAUCUGGUUCCACCUGAUCACUGUUCACCUGACGCUAUUUUCAUAUCUUUUCAUGCACACUUAAAUUUGUUAGUACAAUAGUAAUUUUUAGCACUAUUGUAUUGGAAAAUGUGCGACCAACUGUGGUCUUACAGUAUUUGUCUCAUGCAUUAAUAACCUGAUAGAGGGUGGACAAGGAUUGGACUCAUUGACAUCAAGAAAGAAGAACAUCACAUAAGGUCUGACGGAUCUGCACCAAACUUCUAUUGGUUUUGGGGAAAGCCAAACAUGAAUCAAUCAAUCAGACUUUAUUUGUAAAGAACUUUUCAUACAAUGAUAUUGUAACACAAAGUGCUGUCAGUAAUAAAAUAGAAUAAAUUAAAAAUACAAAAAACAAAAGAAGACAUGGAAUGACUUUGUGUGCUGUAAACCAAUGGUUCUGUUUGUGCAUCCUGCUAAAUUUGCUCCUACAUGCAGAAAUGCAAGAUAUGGACUUAUCAUUGA